AUGUCUAAGACAUCAGCAACUGAAGCUACCUCAGAAGAGGAACUCAGCAAAUUGUUUUCUCAAGUUGGUUUUGAGGACAAGAAAAUUAAAGAGAUUGUUAAGAACAAAAAAGUCUCCCAAUCAUUGGCAGAUGUUAUUGAAUCUUCAGAUAUAUUAGAAAAUUCUGCAGCUUUACCACUAGAUAAAUCAGAAAAUGCAUUAUUGCACUAUUUGGCAUCACUUUUAAAAGGUAAAAACGUUGAUGGUAUUGAUCAUAUUUCUCGAAGUAUCAUCGAUAAAAAAUUGAAGUCAAAUUUACAAGUUGCUGAAGCUCUCAAAUACGUUGAGACUCAUCCAGAUAACUUCGUUGAAUCUGACUUUGAAAUUGCAUCUGGUGUGGGCAUCGAAAUCACUGAAACUGAAGUUUUCAAAAUUAUCUGUGAUUACAUAUCAGAACAUAAGGAAGAAAUUGAAACAAACAGAUAUCGUAUGGUUCCUGCACUUUUGGCCAACGUCAGACAAUUGCCAGCUUUGAAGUGGGCGUCUCCGGCAUUGUUCAAACCAACUAUCGAUACUCAAUUGCUUGAGUUGCUUGGUCCAAAGGAUGAAAGGGAUGUAAUCAAAAAAGAGAAGAAAAAGAAAGAAACAAAGGAAACCACAAAGGAUGAUAAGCCAUCUUCAUUGACCAAUGUGCAUGCCAGAAACAUGUUCACCGAAGGUUUCUUAGGUGAUUUACACAAGCCUGGAGAAGAACCUCAAAGAUGGGAUGAUGUGAUUAAGGCUCAUCGUGAUUUCAUAAAAGGUAAAGUCUACACCAGGUUUCCACCUGAACCAAAUGGAUUUUUGCAUAUUGGACAUUCGAAGGCAAUCAUGGUCAACUUCGGUUUUGCCAAAUUCCAUGAUGGUAAAUGUUACCUUAGAUACGACGAUACUAAUCCUGAAGCAGAAGAACAAGUUUACUUUGACUCCAUUUUACGUUGUGUCAAAUGGUUAGGCUUUGAACCUUGGAAAAUCACCUACUCUUCAGACUAUUUUGAUCAAUUGUACUCUUUGGCAGAAAAAUUGAUCAAUAGUGGAUAUGCUUAUGUUGACCAUUCAACUGCUGAAGAGGUUAAAGCACAACGUGGUGUUAAACCAGACGGAACACCAGGAGGGGAGAGAUUCCCAUCCCCUUGGAGAAGCAGAUCAGUUGAAGAAAAUCUUAUCGAAUUCAGGAAAAUGAGAGAUGGGCACUACAAACCCGGUGAAGCAACCUUGAGAAUGAAGCAAGACAUCGAUUCUCCAUCACCCCAAAUGUGGGAUUUGGUUGCAUACAGAGUUUUGAAUGCCUCCCACGCAAGAACUGGUGAUAAAUGGAAAAUUUAUCCAACUUAUGACUUUACUCACUGUCUCGUCGAUUCCUUUGAAAACAUUACCCAUUCUCUUUGUACCACGGAGUUUUAUUUGAGUAGAGAGAGUUAUGAAUGGUUAUGUGACGUGCUGCACGUUUAUAGACCGGCCCAGCGUGAAUACGGUAGAUUGAACAUCACUGGUACUAUCAUGUCUAAGAGAAAAAUUGCAAAGUUAGUUAAAGAGGGUUACGUGAGAGGAUGGAAUGACCCUAGAUUGUACACGUUGGAAUCAUUGAGAAGAAGAGGUAUCCCGCCAGGUGCCAUUUUGAGUUUCAUUAAUACCUUGGGUGUUACAACUUCAACUACCAACAUCCAAGCUACUAGAUUUGAUAGUGCCGUUAGACAGUAUUUGGAUCACACGACUCCACGUUUGAUGAUGAUUGAGAACCCAUUGAAGGUUGUUUUAGAUAAUUUACCAGAUGAUUACGAGGAGCUGAUUGAAAUUCCUUACAAACCAGGAAAUGAUGAGUUUGGCUCUAGAAAGAUCCCAUUGACCAAGGUGGUAUAUAUCGAUUCAUCAGAUUACAGAGAUGAGACCUCGAAGGGAUAUUUUAGAUUGGCACCGGACCAACCUGUUGGCUUAAUGCGUGUUCCCUUCAACAUAAAGGUGAAAUCUGUUGAACACGACUCUAACGGUAAACCUGUGCUUAUUCAUGCUGUGUAUAUGAAUGACCUUUCAGAACACAAGAAGCCAAAGGCUUACAUCCAAUGGGUACCGGAAUCGGCUAAAUACAAAUCACCAGUCAAUGUAUCUGAAGUUCGUAUUUACAACCAGCUUUUCAACUCCGAAAACCCAUCAUCUCAUCCUGAUGGAUUUUUGGCAGAUAUCAACAAAGAAUCGGAGGAAGUCAUAAAGGGUGCAAUGAUUGAACCUGCCUUAUUAGAUGUGAAAGCUAAAUCUCCAUUGAACAUGCCAUUCACUGAUGAGAAGUUUUCAAUCAAGGAGAAAGCAGGUUUUGAGACGGUUAGAUUCCAAGCUUUGAGAGUUGGUUACUUCUGUUUGGAUUCUGACAGCACAGAGGACAAGCUAAUUCUGAAUAGAAUUGUCACUUUGAAGGAAGAUUCUGACAAAGAUUGA